AUGGAUUGGUACUCUUGGCUCUCCGACGCCGACCUCGAUCCCGACCUCGUCUACCACCUCUCCCUCCUCUUCUCCGGCAACCAGCUCGGCGAAGACGACAUCGCCCACUUCGACCAUGAGUUCCUGAAGAGCAUGGGAAUCUCCAUCGCCAAGCACCGGCUGGAGAUCCUGAAGCUCGCCAAGAAGAGGAAGUACUCCGGCCUCCGCCGCUUCACCAGGUUCCUCGCCGCCGCCGGGAGCUCCAUAGCCAAGUAUCUUAGCUAUUCCCUGCUCCGCCGGAAUUCCUCAGCCAUCGUCGUCGUGGCGGCUCCGGCGCCGGAGAAGGGGGACAUGCUGAAGAGGCGAAGGAAGAUGGUAGUAGCGGACGGUGGCGGCGGCGGCGGAGCCAGAGUGGCUCCUCCGACUGCUGCGGUGGCUGUGAAGCACGCCGGCGAGAUCAGGUGGGACUCCAUGUUUCAGGACCUCAAACCAAAUUGA